AUGGUAAGAGCAUCCCCGAAAAAGGUACCCAACCCUCAUCCAACCUACAACGAGAUGAAGAUGAGCCGCCAAGCCGUCGCCGCUUUCAUCAAGUCCAAUUACGGUGUUGACAACAGAACCGCGCUGAAUAAGUCCCUCAAGGCCCUUGUGGAGACCGGUACCGUGUCCCAGGCGAAGGCAUCUUACAAGUUGGCGGCUGGUCAAAGGCCAACGGUGACUGCUCCAAGCAAGCCCACUAGGGCGCCUUCGAAGCCUAGCAAGGCCCCUCCCAAGAAGGCGUCCUCUCCCGCUAAGAAAAAGGCCGGUGCUAAGGCUUCUGCUGCCACCACUAAGAAGGCAUCACCCAAGAAGACCUCCACCAAAGGGAAGAAGGCACCCCCAACGAAGAAGACUGUAGCUAAGAAGACCUCUGGAAAGAAGAGCCCUGCUGCUGCCAGGAAGAAGAAAUCCCCCGUCAAGAGGGGAGGCGGUAGAUCGGGCAGGUCGUAA